UGCAUCCUUUAGGGGAGGCAUAUAAAACCAUCAGUUCUAGCGGAGAACAGAGUAUCCUUGUCAGUCCUCUUCCACCAAAGGAUCACAGUUUCAUAAUGAGGUUCGCUUGUGUGGUACUCGCCUCACUGGCCUGCCUCUCCGUGGCAGUCAUGGGUGAUGGUUACGGCUACGGGGGCCAAAACAUGUACGGUUACGGACAAGGAGGUAUGGUUGGAUACGGCGGCGGCUAUGGUAGCUAUGGCGGCGGCUAUGGUAGCUAUGGCGGCGGUAAUGGCUAUGGCAGUGGCUAUGGCGGCUAUGGACAAGGGUACGGAGGUUAUUAUGGCAACGGGGGUAAAGGGGGCGGAUAUAAUAGUGGUGGAUAUGGAGGUGGUUACCCAACUAUACUUUAUCCUGUUGCGACUCCAGAACCAGGCGAUAUUCCGAUAGGAGCUCUAGCUGGGGGGUUCGGAGCUGGCGGAGGAUUAGGCGGAGGACUCGGCGGAUAUGGUGACAACAAUAUAUUGUACCUUUUGGCAGGCGGUGUCCUGUUACUGGCUCUCCUAGGCAGCAACACCGGCUAAACAACACGUCAAACAUAUUUGUACAUAGGUUUUCGCGCAAGAGGUCAACAACGUCAUUUACAGUUAAUACCAAAAACCACGGUGUAUUUUUGUCAUUAAAUUCAGUAUUAUCCGUUCUUUCUA